CACACACACACACACACACGCACACAUUCGCCCUCGCACAAGCCAGGCUGGAGCUCGGCUGCGGAGAGGGCGUCCAGGCGCGCUCAGAGGACCAGGCAGCUGCUCUCCGGAGUGGGGCAGGAAGCUGAGCUAGGGCCCUUGACUAGAACCCGGGGUGCUGAGCCAGAGCAUGGGGCCAGAUGAGUGAAGAGAGUCGCGGCCGCAGCCAUCAGCCCUGGAGAUGACCAGGAGCGGCCACUGCUAACUAUGUGGAGAGAGGCUGCGAGCCCUGCUGCAGAGCCUCCGGCUGGGAUAGCCGCCCCCCGUGGGGGCGAUGCGGACAGCGCGGGACAGCCUGCGGAGCGCGCGGGGGCCGCAGCAUGCGGGAACCUGCUAAACCCCGUGGCUGCUGAGGCGGCCGAGAUGCUUGUGCGCGCAGCGCGCCCCACUGCAUCCUCCACCUUCUCGGGCUACAGGGACCGUAAGUGGCGACUAUGGGCAGACUGGGCUACUGGACCCUGCUGGUACUGCCAGCCCUUUUGGUCUGGCGCGGUCCGGCGCAGGGCGAGGCGGCGGAGAAGGGUCCCCCCGCGCUGAACAUUGCGGUGCUGCUGGGUCACAGUCAUGACGUGACGGAGCGCGAACUUCGAAAUCUGUGGGGUCCAGAGCAGGCAACCGGGCUGCCCCUGGACGUGAACGUUGUGGCGCUGUUGAUGAACCGCACGGACCCCAAGAGCCUCAUCACGCACGUGUGUGACCUCAUGUCCGGGGCGCGCAUCCAUGGCCUUGUGUUUGGAGAUGACACGGACCAGGAGGCUGUGGCUCAGAUGCUGGAUUUUAUCUCCUCACAGACUUUCAUCCCCAUCUUGGGCAUCCAUGGGGGUGCAUCUAUGAUCAUGGCUGACAAGGAUCCCACAUCUACCUUCUUCCAGUUUGGAGCAUCUAUCCAGCAACAAGCCACGGUUAUGCUGAAGAUCAUGCAGGAUUACGACUGGCAUGUCUUCUCCCUGGUGACCACCAUCUUCCCUGGCUACAGAGACUUCAUCAGUUUCAUCAAGACAACAGUGGACAACAGCUUUGUGGGCUGGGAUAUGCAGAAUGUGAUCACACUGGACACCUCCUUUGAGGAUGCAAAGACACAGGUCCAGCUGAAGAAGAUCCACUCUUCUGUCAUCUUGCUCUACUGUUCCAAAGAUGAGGCUGUCCUCAUUCUGAGUGAGGCUCGCUCCCUUGGCCUCACUGGAUAUGACUUCUUCUGGAUCAUCCCCAGUUUGGUGUCUGGGAACACAGAGCUCAUCCCCAAAGAGUUUCCAUCAGGACUCAUUUCAGUCUCCUAUGAUGACUGGGACUAUAGCCUGGAGGCAAGAGUGAGGGAUGGUCUUGGGAUCCUAACCACUGCUGCAUCUUCCAUGUUGGAGAAGUUCUCCUACAUCCCCGAGGCCAAGGCCAGCUGCUAUGGGCAGACAGAGAAGUCAGAGGCCCCACUUCACACUCUGCACCAAUUCAUGGUCAAUGUGACGUGGGAUGGCAAAGACUUGUCCUUCACUGAGGAAGGCUAUCAGGUGCACCCCAGGCUCGUGGUGAUUGUGCUGAACAAGGACCGAGAGUGGGAAAAGGUGGGCAAGUGGGAGAACCAGACCCUGAGCCUGAGGCAUGCUGUGUGGCCAAGGUACAAGUCUUUUUCUGACUGUGAGCCUGAUGACAACCAUCUGAGCAUCGUCACCUUGGAGGAAGCCCCCUUUGUCAUCGUGGAGGACAUAGACCCACUGACGGAGACGUGUGUGAGGAACACUGUGCCCUGUCGGAAGUUUGUCAAAAUCAACAACUCGACCAAUGAAGGGAUGAAUGUGAAAAAGUGCUGCAAGGGCUUCUGCAUCGAUAUCCUGAAGAAGUUGUCCAGGACCGUGAAGUUCACCUACGACCUCUACCUGGUGACCAAUGGGAAGCAUGGCAAAAAGGUUAACAAUGUGUGGAAUGGAAUGAUUGGUGAAGUUGUCUAUCAGCGAGCCGUCAUGGCUGUGGGCUCACUCACCAUCAAUGAGGAACGCUCUGAAGUGGUGGACUUCUCAGUGCCCUUCGUGGAGACAGGAAUCAGUGUCAUGGUUUCCAGGAGCAAUGGCACUGUCUCACCUUCAGCUUUCCUAGAGCCCUUCAGCGCUUCCGUCUGGGUGAUGAUGUUCGUGAUGCUGCUCAUCGUUUCUGCCAUCGCUGUCUUUGUCUUUGAGUACUUCAGUCCUGUGGGAUACAACAGAAACUUAGCCAAAGGGAAAGCACCCCAUGGGCCUUCUUUUACCAUUGGGAAAGCUAUAUGGCUCCUCUGGGGCCUGGUCUUCAACAACUCUGUGCCUGUCCAGAAUCCUAAAGGAACAACCAGCAAGAUCAUGGUGUCCGUGUGGGCCUUCUUUGCUGUCAUCUUCCUGGCCAGUUACACGGCCAACCUGGCUGCUUUCAUGAUCCAAGAGGAGUUUGUGGACCAAGUGACUGGCCUCAGUGACAAAAAGUUUCAGAGACCUCAUGACUACUCCCCACCUUUUCGAUUUGGGACAGUACCUAAUGGAAGCACAGAGAGGAAUAUCCGCAACAACUACCCCUAUAUGCACCAGUACAUGACCAAAUAUAACCAGAAGGGAGUCGAGGAUGCCUUGGUCAGCUUGAAAACAGGGAAGCUAGAUGCUUUUAUCUAUGAUGCAGCUGUCUUGAAUUACAAGGCCGGAAGGGAUGAAGGCUGCAAGCUGGUGACCAUCGGGAGUGGGUACAUCUUUGCCACCACUGGCUAUGGAAUUGCUCUCCAGAAGGGCUCUCCCUGGAAGAGGCAGAUUGACCUGGCACUGCUCCAGUUUGUGGGUGAUGGUGAGAUGGAGGAGCUGGAGACACUGUGGCUCACAGGCAUCUGCCACAACGAGAAGAACGAGGUAAUGAGCAGCCAGCUGGACAUCGACAACAUGGCGGGUGUGUUCUACAUGCUGGCGGCAGCCAUGGCUCUCAGCCUCAUCACCUUCAUCUGGGAGCAUCUCUUCUACUGGAAGCUUCGCUUCUGCUUCACUGGCGUGUGUUCUGAUCGGCCCGGGCUGCUCUUCUCUAUCAGCAGGGGCAUCUACAGUUGCAUCCACGGAGUGCACAUUGAAGAAAAGAAGAAAUCCCCAGACUUCAAUCUGACUGGGUCACAGAGCAAUAUGCUAAAGCUCCUUCGGUCAGCAAAGAACAUUUCAAACAUGUCCAACAUGAACUCCUCAAGAAUGGACUCACCCAAAAGAACUGCUGACUUCAUCCAAAGAGGGUCCCUUAUCAUGGACAUGGUUUCGGACAAGGGGAAUCUGAUAUACUCAGACAACAGGUCCUUCCAGGGGAAGGACAGCAUUUUUGGGGACAACAUGAAUGAACUCCAAACAUUUGUGGCCAAUAGGCACAAGGAUAACCUCAGUAACUAUGUGUUCCAAGGACAACACCCUCUCACUCUCAAUGAGUCCAAUCCUAACACCGUAGAGGUGGCUGUCAGCACGGAAUCCAAAGGAAACUCCCGACCACGGCAGCUUUGGAAGAAAUCCAUGGAGUCUCUACGCCAGGAUUCUCUGAACCAGAACCCAGUCUCCCAGAGGGAUGAAAAGACUGCAGAGAACAGGACUCAUUCCCUAAAGAGUCCCAGGUAUCUUCCAGAAGAGGUGGCCCACUCUGACAUUUCAGAAACUUCCAGCCGGGCCACAUGCCACAGGGAACCUGAUAAUAAUAAGAACCACAAGACCAAGGAUAAUUUUAAAAGAUCAAUGGCCUCCAAAUACCCCAAGGACUGUAGCGAAGUUGAACGUACCUACCUGAAAACCAAAGCAAGCUCCCCCAGGGAUAAGAUCUACACCAUUGAUGGUGAGAAGGAGCCCAGUUUCCACUUAGAUCCUCCACAAUUUGUUGAGAAUAUAGCCCUCCCUGAGAAUGUGGGCUUCCCAGAUACUUACCAGGAUCACAAUGAGAACUUCCGCAAGGGAGACUCCACCCUGCCCAUGAACAGGAACCCCCUACACAAUGAAGAUGGGCUUCCCAACAACGACCAGUAUAAACUCUAUGCCAAGCAUUUCACCUUGAAAGACAAGGGUUCCCCUCACAGUGAGGGCAGUGAUCGAUACAGGCAGAACUCCACACACUGCAGAAGCUGCCUUUCAAACCUGCCCACCUAUUCAGGCCACUUUACCAUGAGGUCUCCUUUCAAGUGUGAUGCCUGUCUGCGGAUGGGGAACCUCUAUGACAUUGAUGAAGACCAGAUGCUUCAGGAGACAGGCAAUCCGGCUACCCAGGACGUCUACCAGCAAGACUGGUCACAGAACAACACCCUCCAGUUGCAGAAGAACAAGCUGAGGAUCAGCCGACAGCAUUCCUAUGAUAACAUUCUUGACAAACCCAGGGAGAUAGACCUUAGCAGGCCCUCCCGGAGCAUAAGCCUCAAGGACAGGGAACGGCUACUGGAGGGCAAUUUAUAUGGGAGCCUGUUCAGUGUCCCCUCAAGCAAACUCUUGGGGAACAAAAGCUCUCUUUUCCCCCAAGGUCUGGAGGACAGCAAAAGAAGCAAGUCUCUCUUGCCAGACCACACCUCCGAUAACCCUUUCCUCCACACCUACGGGGAUGACCAACGCUUAGUUAUUGGGAGAUGUCCCUCGGACCCUUACAAACACUCACUGUCAUCACAGGCAGUAAAUGACAGCUAUCUUCGAUCAUCCUUGAGGUCAACAGCAUCAUAUUGCUCCAGGGACAGUCGGGGCCACAGCGAUGUGUAUAUUUCAGAGCAUGUUAUGCCUUAUGCUGCCAAUAAGAAUAAUAUGUACUCUACCCCCAGGGUUUUAAACUCCUGCAGCAAUAGACGCGUGUACAAGAAAAUGCCUAGUAUCGAAUCUGAUGUUUAAAAAUCUUCCAUUAAUGUUUUAUCUAUAGGGAAACAUGUGGAAUGGCCAUCGUUCUGGAGGGUAAAUGUUGGAUGUCCAAUAGCACCCUGCUAGGAGGAAGAAGACUUAGGGAGGUACUUUUUUGUUGGCUCUUUUUGCACAUGGCUCCAUGCCAUAAUCUUCCACUCAAGGAAUCUUGUUAGGUGUGCACUGAGCACAUAACAGAGAGGUGAGUUCUUAACCAAAAAAGAAAUAUGGGCAAGUCUCCUAGACAUGCCUGUUGGGUAUGUUGGCAAUAGUGGUAUAUUGGAUGGUGACAGUGAUGUUAUGAUUUCCUAUAUUCCAAAUUCCAGGAAGAUAAUCCACCAUGUAAUUUCCCCAUCAGAAAUGCCUCCUGAUUUCUCUAAUACAGAAUAAGCAAUAUGGUAUGCAUGUAAGUCUGACACAGAUAAUAAGACAGUUAAGAAUGCAUCUGCACUGUAGUGAGAUUGACAUGUGCAAGGAUUAAGAAGUUUGGCUUGUAACAGUUCUCAGCUUUCUUGUUAUGCCUUCCAUCACCACCUAGGCCCAGCUCCCAAGAAGUCCAGGCUCCCUGCCCCAAAAGAAUAGCAAGUCAGUGUGUUCAUGGUACCCAUGCUGCUUUCAUUACAGUCUGUCCCCAGGAUGCCUCUGGAGAAAAAAAAGCCACAGGGACUCUCAGGCAGAGAGCUACAGGAGUCUCUUUGGCUGUUAUUGUAUGUGUAGCUCUCCCCCUCAGCUUCAGUGGUCUUGUCCAGAGCUGUACAAACUAACACAUUUGUGUCUUUGAUAUCUAAGCGUGGAUCUUCUGUCUAUGACAUAGUGGCUGUUGUAGCUUAUCCUGAAGACUCUUAUGUUUGUAAAUUUGCGUUCCCUCCCUUCUGGUGAUGACUCAGGGUUGUAUAGUAUCUCUUACCCAACCCCUUCCAGAGUAAUUGUAACUUGUCUGUCCCCAAACAGCCAUGGUGGUGUCUAAUUAGCUGUGUGUUGCUGUUCCCAGAGUUGCUAAUACGGUGACAUGUGCCAGCAGCCAUAUGUAUACUGUGAUCUGUAAGAAGUGCCAUGCCAUCUGUCUGCCCAAGGCUAGCAUGGCUCUAUGUUUCUCUUCCUUAAUGUCAGGAAAUGCUCUUGGACACUUAUUUCUACCCAAACCUCCUCAAAUAAAAAGCCUUCAAGCAUUAAAGCCGCUCAUGCAUCUACCCUGAGCACCCUUGAAACUUUGGGUAAACUAAGUAAGAUAAGUGAUUUCUCUCUUCUGAAAUAUUCACUUUUUUGGCAAACCUCUUCCCCAGCACCAACAGAAAUAGAUGAAAACUCUUCAAUGCAUUUGUCAUUCCUGAGUCCCUGCCUGAUCUUAUUCUUGGUCUACUCAAACCUGUGCAUGUAUGAUAUGGAAGACAGUCAUUAUUUUGAAAAAGUUGGAGACAGUGAGGGGAUUGUUCAUGAAUGGAAAAUAUCUUAGCAUCAUACCUGUCACACUUAAAAAAUGACCCAAAAUAUAGUUCUGGUAUCUGAUUAGAACAGGAUUUUUCAACUGCAAAAUUUAAAUAUCAUAAAGAAGCAAAUAAUAUGAACUAAACAUUUUAUGUUCCUUCUCUACUGAUUGGUAUAUUUUCAAUACAUUUAUGUCCUUGAAAUAGUUUGGCUAGCUGGACAUGAUGUUUUGUAGGGGACUUCAGUCCAGUUGGUGACGUGCUCGUGUGAAGGAGUCUAGCCAUUUCCUGCUUUUCUUUUUCCUGAAAUUUGAUUUGGGGGUCUCGAAGAUGGGGACAGAGUGGCAGGUUGAAAAAUGAUCCUGUAUUUUUUUCCUCAUGGUGUGCUCUAUUUCAUAGGUGGUAUUUUCCUGUAAUCGAGCAGGUGGCGGGGAAGAUUCUCUUAGAGCUUGAGAAUGCAUUGAAUGAAGUUAUCUGUGGGAAAGUGCAGCUGACAAGCAAUAUUCCUACAAUGAUGAAAAGUGAUUGCGAUAAAUUUGAGUGCCAGUGACAAAGCAGCAGAGGGAGGCGUGGGGGUGAGGACAUCUUUCCUUUUGUCUUCAAAAUACAGAAGGGGCUAAGGUGGUGCCCAUGACAGAUAAGCCUAAAAAUUAUAUCUUCUUUUCUUUCUUGGAUCCUAUAUCUUUUGCCGCCCCCAAAUCCCAGCAAUAGAGAAACCUAGAUUUUAAAACCUGUAAAAGUCACCCCAAUUUCUGAUCUUAAAUUUAACUUUCUGUGUAUGUGGAGUCUUUUAGCUCCUUCUGUCUUUGCUUUCUCGUUGCAUUCCAGACCUGCAUUUCUCCUGCCAGGUCCACUGCCCUGUCCUCUCAGAUCUGCCUGGAUGGACAUGGAAUGAUUUAAAGAGGUCUCCCUAGAAUACAGAACAGUGACAUGCCAUAAAUUCAAAGAACUUUCUGUUUGCCUCAGAAGUCCUUGAAACCCAGGGAGCCAUCAAAUGCCACAGAAUCUCUAGGAAGAGUGCAAAUCACCACACAUCAAAACCCCUUCUAUUAAUAACAAUGCUAUUUUUAUUAUUAACCCCAUGUGUGCCUGGUAAAGAAAUUAAAAUGAGGCUUUUGGAAGAACCAAUCAUAUAAUGGGAACGAAUACAUUUUUUAAAUACAAAGUUUUUUCAGAAAAUAAGUCAUUGGUAGUUAGGGGCUGUGUAGUAAACACUUCCUUUUCCUCCUUCACUAAUUCAGUGACUCUUAAAUGUUAUGAUUUGAAGGAAGAAAAUCUGCCACUGAUGAGAUGAUCAGUUUCCCAGUGAAAGAUAAUCCUGUAGACCUAUUUAAUGGUAGUCCAAAUGAAUUCCAUUCUUUGCAAAAACUAAUACUAGGGUUGGGCAUGGUGGCACACGCCUUUAAUUUCACCACU